CCGUACACACGUGAAAAAGUAGAGUGCACACACGCAUGAUGCCUCCUCCGCCACUGCCUGUGUCCGCGCCGCAGGCUGGUCCGGUGUCAGCUCGGCCGCUGUCAUCUCAGAAGCAGCGCCACGGGUCGUGCGACGGCGGCCGGCAGCAGCGGCUCGACGCGCUGCGCCUUCGGCGCGUGUUCGACCUGUUCGACCGCGACGGCGACGGCGUCAUCACGCCGGCCGAGCUGUCAGGCGCGCUCGGACGGAUCGGCCUCGACCUUGGCGUGCCGGCCCCAGCGCCGGCGCCGGCGCUAGCGAGCGCGCUUGAUGCCGUAGUCGCGGCUUACGUCGCGCCCGGCAUGCCGGGUCUGCGGUUCGCGGACUUCGAGGCCCUCCACGCGGAGCUCGCCGGCAGCCACGGUAAUGAGGAUGCCGAGGACGACGACGACAUGCGGGAGGCGUUCCGGGUGUUCGACGAGGACGGCGACGGCUACAUCUCCGCGGCGGAGCUGCAGGCCGUGCUGACGCGGAUGGGCCUGCCGGAGGCCGGGUGCAUGGCGCGCGUGCGCGACAUGAUAGCCGCCGCCGACCGGGACAGCGACGGCCGCGUGGACUUCGACGAGUUCAAGGCCAUGAUGGCCGGUGGUACAAUUGCUGAUGUCUAGUUAAAAAAUGGAUUUUUCUUGUCAAAAUUGAACUACUCUCCGUGGUGAUAGAUAGACUUGUAGUGUGUGUCUGCCAAUUGGCAUUGUCAGUUUUGCUAAUUUUGUAUGGUGUGGUAGGGAAUGGCUUCACGUACGACGGCUUUGUACGACUGGUGCCGCACAAAUCUCUGUGGCGUGUGAACCUCCGAGUUCCUUCAGCCCAACUGCCUCGUUGAACCGCGUGAUGGCGCCGGUCGUACGUGAGUCGUACAAAGCAGCCGGACGUGUAAUGUGAUAUCAAGGCCAUGAUGGGUAUUAUUGUGCUGUACAUAGAUAGACUUGUUGUACACGCCUUUCUUUUCUUACGAAUACUUGUUGUGUA